UUAAAAAACGCAAUGAAUAAGAGCAUAAGACCAGUAAUACUUUUUUUCUCACUCAAACUGCCCUCUUCAUAACUUCUUACGGAGUAUUUUUAGUUUUUCCAUACACCACCAUUAAUGGAAGGGUGAACUGAACUCUACUUUAUAAACCAAAAAGUUGACUAACAGGGUACGGAAAUGGAAGAGAAAGACAGUACGGACACCGGGUCAGCCGGAGGUAACUCCGACAGGAGUGAGUCCCCUCCCGUCGGCGGCGGCGUGGAAGUUUUUCCACCGGUGAUGAGCAUGGAGAGGAGUACACCACAUGCUGAAGCGCCGGCAGCCGUCUGCCCGGCCGGCAGCUAUGAGAGUGGGAAGAAAAAGAGGGGACGACCAAGAAAGUACGAUUCUGAGGGUAAUCUGAGAGCGGCAUACAUAUCCCCUCCACCUCCUCCGCUCCCGUCGGCCGGGAUGACGUCACCUCCCGCUCGGUCCUUCAGUUUGACGCCGCUCCCAGACUAUUCCUCCGGCAGAAGAGGGCGGGGCAGAUCAGCUGCUUCCGGCGGUAACUGGCAAUUCCUUGCCUCGAUGGGUGAACUAUUUGCAAACACGGCAGGGGGGGAUUUCACCCCACAUGUGGUGACUGUGCACACAGGGGAGGAUGUGGCCGGAAAAGUAUAUUCCUUUGCUCAAAACGGCUACAGAGGAAUCUGCAUCCUCUCUGCAAAUGGGUCGGUUUCAAACGUCACAAUUCGCCAGCCAGGCUCUUCCGGCGGUAUUUUGACAUAUGAGGGCCGGUUUGAGAUCUUGAGGCUGACCGGGUCAAUCACAAUUUCGGAAACUUGUGGGAUAAGGAGUAGAACCGGCGGAUUGAGUGUCUCCUUGGCAGGUCCUGAUGGCCGUGUUAUCGGUGGUGGAAUUGCUGGGCUGCUUACCGCUGCUACCCCAAUCCAAAUGAUAGUUGGAAGCUUCAUGCCAAACGUAUUCAGCAAAACACUUAGCAGGAAGCAGCAAACUGCAGACGAGGGCGGAACGGCGCCCGUCAUUCACAAUGCUCCAGUUUCGGAGAUUGUAAUGGCAGCCAGGCCAGUACCCCAAGCAGCCCCGCAGCCACCGAGAGCAGCCAUGUUUCCAACCCCGCCGCUCCCGAGUCAGAGAAGUAACAGCCAUGGAGAUUUGUCACCACCAGGUUGCAAUGGCUCAGAGGCUACAUUCCAUCAGCAGAGACAGUAUCCAGAUAUUAAUGUGUCCAUAUCUAUGGAUUGAGUAGUAACUAGUAAGUAAAAGACUAAAAGGGUUAAGCUGAGCUAAGGUUGUCUUUUGUUAUGGUUCCUAGUCAACUCUGACUAGACUUUGAAUAUCAAUCAUUUCUUAGGGUUUUUUUGGACUGACAAUAUGGUUUGCUAGUUUGUGUUGGUGGUGGCUAAUUAUUGUGUCUUUUGUUUGGUUGUAACAACUUCUUCUCAAUCCCCAUCUGUUAGAGACAAACUUGUUUGUUUUGGUUAGAUUUGUUACCGACACUUCUGUCUUGUUCCAAUCUGUUCGGUAGCUAUAAAAACAAAAAAAUCAACCAGGUUUUCCGAUUAAAAUCUUGGUCUUGU